AUGGUUGCAUUUUCACAAACACCUUGGAGUCGUUAUAGAGUUAGAAGCAUAAGCUUACCUGCUCGAUCGCAUCCAUCCACGAUCCGGGUUGAGCAACAGCUAGCCAAGCUUAGAUCCUUGGAUUCUUCAUCUUUUUCAAGCAUUGAAGCGAUUUGCAGCAGUCUCUCCGGCUUGGUGGAGCUCUACAGAUGCAUAAACGAGGUUCUGAACCUGCCACUGCCCCAACAAGCUCUAGCCGUACUCCGAGGUGAAAUUUGGGUACAGGAAUUGGUGGAUAACUCUGUUAGAUUCCUGGAUAUCUGCGACAAUACGAGAGACGCUAUUUUGGUGAUAAAAGAAAGCAUUCGAGAACUCCAAUCGGCGAUCCGGCGAAGCAAAUACGAAGAUUCCGGCGUCGAGAACAGCAUCGCUUCAUAUAUCUGCUCGAGAAAGAGAAUCAAACACGAAAGCUUGAAGAAAUCGAUCACAUCGGUCAGACAAACGGAUUACACAGCCGGAGCCUCUCCUCCUCUUCAAAUAGAAAACGAAGUCACUGCGGCAGUAAUCAGAGUACUAAGAGAAGCAAGCUCCGUCACCUCCUCCAUCUUCAACUCUCUUUUAUCCUUCCUCGCCGUGCCGAUGAACAGGAGACCAAAACCUAGCCGAUGGGCAUUGGUUUCGAGGCUCCUGCAGAAGGGAGCGAUCACCCGAGACAACCACACGGAAAGAAUCAACGAAUUGGUGAACCUAGACAUGGCGAUCGACAGGCUACAGUUGGAAUCGUUAAACAGAGAUGGUGAAGCGAAAGAGAAGAUUCAAUCGAUUGUUCGAGAGAGAUUACAAGGGUUGGAUUGGAGCAUUGAAAGAAUCGAACGUGGAACAGAGGGAUUGUUCAGGGAAUUGAUUCAUACCAGAGUUUGUCUUCUGAAUAUACUUAGUCAGUGA